UAGUGGUGGAGUAAUAUCAUUGCAUUUGGUGUACGGUCGAGUAUUUACCAAAUAUUUUCUAUUCUACAAUUUAUUAUUCUAAGCUCAAGGAUACAUGCACAUGCAAUUUGCCUCUACUAGGAGGAGAAACCAUCGGGGAGAUUGGCAGUAGAUGAUAUAAGGAGGCACUAAACGUAAGAGUAUUGUUAUCAUCCAAAUCGCAUAAUACUAAUUAUAAUUUCAUUAAAGGAAGUUUUAACCAACCAAAAACUCCUGUGGUGGUUUAACGUUUCGGAAAUCCCCUCCAGUUGGCGCGGCCAACAUAUUAAAAUUUCGUUUACCCCGGAACGAUGUCGGAUCCAGGUAUGGAUGCUGCGAAGAAGACCAAAAGUAAGCAGCAAAAGUCUCCUCCUAGUAUAAGGUCAGUUAAUAAAGAACCCCCCAAAGACCCGUCUAAACAGACCCAGAACAAAGCCUCAAAAAGCGACAUCGUCGCCAGUUCGACCUCUAAACCUCUAAACCCCCCUAAAUCAAACCCUCAAGCCACCAUUUCGGCUGAAAAGAGUUGUGCGUUAUGCGAAAACCCGGUCAAUGAGCGUAUGGUGCAAUGCAAUACAUGUGACGUGUGGCACCAUUUCUCGUGCGUGGGUGUUUCCGAGGAUAUCAAGGGCUACAAUUGGACCUGUUUGAAAUGCGAUACCGCGAAGGCAGCCAAAGGUGCGAUUCCACGGAAGAUGAUGACGCGAGCUGCAGCUGCAAAAGGUGCAAAGAAGGCGAAUCGGACCAAGGGGCAGUUAGAUGGAGUGAACGAGCAGACGAAAGAGGCCGAUGAGCUAGCCGGUGUAGUCGGAGGGUCAGCUCCUAGCCUGAAAGCGAGCCGGGCCGGUUCCGUAGUUUCAGCAGCAUCACGAAAGUCGGCAAAAGCUCGUUUGGACGUGGAACUGCAGCAGAUCAAAGCUGAGGAGGAGUUGAUGCGAGAAGAAAUGCAACGCAAGCGAGAAUUGGCGAAGAAGAAGUUUGAAGUUCUGAAGGAGAUGGCUGACUUGGAAGGUAGUGUCGGAUCUGUCGUCGAUCAGCCGAAUGCGGUCAAUAAGGUGGAACACUGGCUGAAGCAUCAUAACGAACUCCGUGAAAAGGACAAGCAGUCGUUGCACAAGGUGGAUGAUUGCGAAGACGAUGUGGAAGCAGAAUCUUCAACCGAACAUUCAACGUCUGAUAGCGGAUCGGACAGCGAGGAAGAAGUGUCGUCUGACGAAGAGGUUGAACAUGAAGCCAGUGAAAAGGAAGUGCAAUGCGGCGGAGAGUCUGAACGGCGAAAACAUCAUCGUCCGAAGAAGACCGUGCGCCGGAAAACCCUGGAGGGUAAAAGCAACAAACGAUCCGAAACAGGGCGGCCACAAUCGUUGCGGAGUGAUAGAAGACUGUCCAGGGAUGAGUUAGCAGCCCGUCAAGUCGUUCCACGCGAGCUGCCGAAAUUUAGUGGAAAUCCGGAAGAAUGGCCAAUGUUCUUGUCCACUUACGAGCAUACUACGGCCAUGUGUGGAUACACAGAAGCGGAAAACAUGAUUCGUCUGAGGAAUUGUUUGAAGGGAGACGCGUUCAAUGCUGUACGAAGUUUCUUGAUGCGGCCUGAAACUGUGGAAAGGGCUGUAAGUGCGUUAAAGUUGCGGUUCGGUAGACCAGAGACAAUCAUCGAGUUUUUGAAGGAGAAAAUCAUGGCGAUGCCGAUCAUCCGACCGGACGCGAUGGACAAGCUGGUCGACUUUGCAUUGGAGGUGCAAAACCUUUGCGCCACAAUCGAAACUUGCGGAGAGAAGCAGUACAUGUGUGAUACAACUCUGCUGAAGGAGUUCGAGAAGAAGUUGCCGCCGCAAAUCAGACUAGAUUGGGCGCGAUACAAAAGGCAGUUGCGCAAAGUGAAGCUUUCGAAGUUUAGCCGGUGGAUAUACAACCUAGCAGAGGACGUGAACGUGGUUUUCGAGCCGCAGUACCGUGGAAGCAAGACGCAGGAGUUCAGAGCAGUUCGUAAGGAGAAAUACGUUAACACUCACGCAGAAGUUCCAGUCAAGGAAAGAAGUCAGCCAGCUCGGACAACGCAGCAGUCAGCAAUCGUAGGAAGCGGAGAUAACAAACCCUGUCCGGCCUGCAAAGGCGAUUGCAAAUGCCUGGCGAAAUGCAAGAGGUUCCUGGAGUUGUCUUUUGAGUCGAAAUGGGCGACCGUUCGUGGUUUCAAUUUCUGCCGCAAGUGUCUUCGGCAGCACAAAGGUGGUUGUAAUUCUGGAGAAUGUGGGAAGAACGGUUGCACCUUCAAGCAUCACGUAUUGCUUCACAAGGAUUUCGCUGCACCCGCUACAACGAGCAAAGACACGUCCAACGUAGGCGGAUCUCCAAAGCAGAAUGAAGAACGCAAUGUCAACACGCAUCGAUCGGAUACGGGUCCAGGUUCGUUUCGCUAUUUGCCGGUGACUCUGUUUGGCGACGGAGUACAAGUCAGCUGUCACGCUUUCUUAGACGACGGAUCGGAGUUAACUCUCAUCGAUCAGCAGCUUGCGGAGGACCUGAAGCUCUUUGGAACGGUUCUUCCCCUCUGUCUGAAAUGGACGGGAGGAACGCAUCGCUACGAGUCCGACUCUCAGAGCAUCGACGUUGAAAUUAGCGGAAAGGAUGGAAGGCGAACGCUGCUUCAGGGUGUAAGAACGGUAGAGGAGCUACAAUUACCCUUCCAGUCCCUGGACAUGGGCCUACUAGCGGAGAAACAUGGAUAUCUACGUGGUUUACCUGUGGACUCGUACUGUAACAUCCGUCCACGGAUAUUGAUUGGGCUGAAACAUGCAAACCUCAUGCUGGUGCGGAAGAGUCGUUUGCCCUCACGACACAUGGGCGAGCCAAUCGCUGUCAAAACCAAUUUGGGAUGGACUGUAUAUGGAGGUUGGACAUCUCAGAACUCUUCGAGUACGGCCAGUCAUACGUACCACAUCUGCUCGUGCAACGAACAAAGCCUGACGCAUCUAAAUCAAAUGGUCAAAAAUUACAUUUCCAUCGACAGUUUAGCAGUACAGCCAAAAACCUUUGGAAGGCUUUCCAAAGAAGAUGAACGCGCUAUGGCUCUUUUGGAAUCCCGCACACACUUCAACGGAGAACGCUACGAAACGGGCUUGUUGUGGCGCUCUGAUAAAAUUCGACUUCCGGACAACAAGGUAGUUGCAAUCCGUCGUUGACGGUGCUUGGAG